UAUGGUCACUAUGGAAAAUGCCGAAGAAGUCAUGCAAAUACUGGACAGGUUCACACGACUCAAACAAAAGGAAAUACCAAAGGAAUUGGAUGAGUAUUUGGGCUAUGUGGCCAAAACCGGUGACACGGUUUUCAAGUGGACGUCAUUAAAAUAUUUGUUCCGAGAAAAGCUAUUGAAUGUGAUUAAAAAUUUUCAUGAUUCUACGCCGCGAAUUGAUGAAAUUCCCCAGUAUCCCAACGUUGACCCUUUCAAUUAUGAGAGCAUGAAGUCUUCCCUACUGGAGCGUUUGGAGCGAUUCAAUGCAGCUCCAUUCACCAUACAACGUCUAUGCGAGCUGUUGAUCGAUCCAAGGAAACAAUAUAGCCGCAUUGACAAGUAUAUGCGUGCUCUGGAGAAAAACAUUCUUGUAGUCAGCACCGUCGAGCCAGGACGCAAGAGAACUGAAUCAGAAAAUGGCGAUUCUUUGGACUCUGUCGUUAAUGGAGAUCUGUCGCUGGAUGUUAACGUAGACAUUGAGAUGGAAUCUGAAGGACUGUUCAAUAAUUCGGAGAGUACGAAUGGCAAUGGCAACGCAACAAAAGCUGAAGUUGAAGCAGCAAAAGAGGAUGCUAAGACAGAAGAAACCGAAAAAGCUGUCACCAAGAAUACUCAUGCUAAUGACGAUGAUAAUUUGCCUAAUCCAAAGAAAGCAAAACUGGACUUACCCGAAGAUUCCAAAGUCGAGGCGGAAGAAUCGAAGAAGACGGACGAAUCUGUCGCAAACGAUAGUGCAGAAAAGACCAAAAUGGAGAGCGACGAAGACGAGAAAGUUACUGAUCAGGAAAAAACAAUACAUAUUGAAUCUGAAAACGAAUCCCAGAAGUCAGCAGCAGAAAGGACAGAGGAAAAUACUGGAGUUCUGAAGGACCAUGAAUUGAAACAGGAACAAGAGGGCGACACUGUCAAAGAUGAAACGGACGUUGACCAGAAAAAUGAUGAUGUAUGCUCCAAAUGCGAUGAGAAGGACGAAACAGAAAAUACUUCAGAAAAAGAAAAACAAAUUGCCGAAACAAAGGAAACAUCACCACCGUCAGAAGAAAGCAAAACAUCACAACCCGAAUGUAACAAAUCUUCUAACGAAGUUGUCAAUAAAGAUGUUUCCGUUGAAGAGACUGAUAAGAGCAGUUCUGGCGCCGUCAAAACAGUGGACGCAAAUCUUGGGGGAAAUAAGGAAAAUCUUAAAGAAGAAACUGGAACAGUAGUUGAAAAACAAGAAAUUGAAAUCGGAGAGAAGGAUCAAGCUAAACAAUAUGAUUCAUCACCAGAAAAGGUGGAAAAAGUAGAUGAUCCGUCUAAAGAGAGCGAACAGGUCGAACAGAAGUCAAACGAUGAGGCGAUUAAAGAAUCUGAUGAUGCUGUGAUAGAAACAGCUAUUGAAGCAAAAGAGAAAGAAAAUACAACAACUGAAGCAACUUCAAAGGAAGUGGGUUCUGAAAAGCAGACAGAGUCGUGUGACAAAGAUAAUACUGUCUCAGACGAACACAAGACUGAAAAUAUAAAGACUGACAUCUCCGACAAAGUCACUGAGAAACAAGAUAUUGAUUCCGCUUCCAGUGCUAACACCAAUACUGAAGCAGAAGUCGAGAAAAAGGAGGCUGCUACUGCUGAAAUAAACAUAACAGCUUCUGCAUCACCAGAGAUUGUUCCCACCACUGAAGAGAAACCAGAAGCGGCUGUAACAGAAACAAAACUGGAAAAUACAACAACACCAACACUUGCCCUGAACGAUCAGCCCAUGGAAGAUGCUGCCAUAGACGAAGAGUCUCCAUCGGUUGAUGAAGUAGUAAUGGACGAAGCUCCAGUACCAGAAAGUUCUUCGACAGCUGCCAUGGCUACAGAAGACGAACCACCAUCCACUGCUCCAGUUAAACCCGAGGAAGAAUCUUCUGGUAUGGAAGUUGACGACACAAGCCAGGAAGCAAUGGACCAGUAAUUACUUCCACUCCAACUACCAACAUUCACAUUUCAUAAAUUAUA